AUGGCAGCCUUUGCAGGCAUCGGUCAGGUUGGGGCAAUUGUCCAUGACAAAUGUCUGCCUCUCCGAAAAUGCUGCGAGUACGAUCGUGACGAAGAAGAUUUUGUCUGCGCCUGCGGAGCAACGGAGCGGCAGAAAGUUUGGGCGGACAACAGGGAGAUCCAAGGAGAGUGCGGGAGGUAUUCAGGUUCCAUGUCGAAGCUGAUUGGCUCUGCAACGGCGUACGUGGCGGAGUCUUUGGAAGCUUGCGAUGCCACUCAAAGUCUGCCCGCAGCUUGUGGGAGCAUGAUUGCAUUCAUGGUGGCUUCCUUGGGCUACUUUGCCGAGAACGCUGCGCGCAACCAUUACGAGUGCCCGUUCUACAUGUUCGAUAACCUCUACCAGUGUGGCCAGGAUCAGUCGAAAAUUGGGGAAGCCAUCGAGCGUUUUGCAGCUGCUACAGCUGCCGCUGUCAUCAACUGUGGAGCAAUUGACGGGACCCAGAGGGGCUACACGCGCCUG